AUGGUGAUUGUACUUUGUUUCCUAGUUCGGAUUUCCCUCACCCUUUGCUGUUUCACGAUCAUCCGGAACGGAAUGAUGGCUAGUCGCUUCGAUUUAUUUUCCCUGACUCCAGAAAAUACUGCCAAAUAUGUGGAAUACUUUGAGAUUGCUGUUUUCGGGAUUGAUCAGAUUUUGUUUUCCAUCACAAUUUGUAAGACGAUGGUUUGGGAUCAGGCAGAUCUCUUAAAUGAGGCUAUUGAUGAGAGACCUGAGCUUUCUGGGGUUUUCCAAGAAAGUUCGGCUUUCAUCGCGAAACAUCGACGUUUCGUUCUUUUGGCUUUCGCCAAAUCUUCCAUUAUCUCUUUGGGAGCGUCUUCUUUCGCCGCUUAUCUUACUCAUUUGUGA